AUAAACCCGUUGCCCAGGCUCUGGAGGCGGGACUUCCGCUCUCCUGAGCAAGUGCUUCCUGCCGCGACCGGAAGCCUGGCGCGGAGCGGCGCGGGCCAGCCGCGGGCAGAUUUUCUCAUAUUCUGGAUUGUGACUGUUUAUAAUGAAUAAUACAUUGGAGGUAGAUGUCAUUGGUCGCAGAGUUGAAGUUAAUGGAGAACGAGCAACAGUGCGUUUUUCUGGCACUGUCCCUCCUGUGGCAGGACUCUGGUUAGGCGUAGAAUGGGACAAUCCAGAGAGAGGAAAGCAUGAUGGAAGCCAUGAAGGGACCGUGUAUUUUAAAUGCAGGCACCCAACAGGAGGAUCCUUUAUUCGUCCAAACAAAGUGAAUUUUGGAGUAGACUUUCUCACAGCAUUGAAGAAUCGCUAUGUGUUGGAAGAUGGAUCGGAAGAAGGUGGAAAGGCACACACGGUUACCUUUGGGAACAAACCAGUGGAGACCAUUGGUUUUGACUCUGUUAAAAAAUGGCAGAGUCAGCUGAGCAAGUUGCAAGAAAUUUCUCUGGAGAACUGUGCUGUAAAUAGUGCUGGUGACAAAGAAGAAAUUGCCAAAGUGUGUCCUAACAUUAGGGAGCUAAAUAUGUCGAAAAACCUGCUGACGUCCUGGGAUGAAGUGGUUCACAUUGCUCAUCAGCUAGAACAUCUGGAAACUCUUAAUCUCAGUGAAAAUAAAUUCAAAUUUCCCUCUGGUCCACCAUCUGUAAUUGGAACAUUUUCAACGCUGAAGAUUUUAGUCCUUAACCACACAGGAAUAACCUGGGCUGAGCUGCUCCAGUGUGCCUCUGGGUGGCCAGUCCUUGAGGAAUUGUACCUGAAAGCUAACGAUAUUUGCAUUUCAGAAAGGCCAACUGAUGUUCUACAGAUGGUCAAGAUACUAGAUCUUUCGGUUAAUCGAUUAAUUGAUGAAAACCAGCUAUUUUUGAUAGGACAUCUGCCCAGAUUAGAACAACUAAUCCUUUCUGACAUUGGAAUUUCUGCAAUACAUUUUCCAGAUGCUGGAAUUGGGUGCAAAACAUCAAUGUUCCCUGCCUUGCAAUACCUUGUAGUAAAUGACAAUCAAAUAUCACAAUGGUCAUUUAUCAAUGAGCUGGAUAAGUUGCAGAGUCUUCACUCUUUGUCCUGCAUGAGAAACCCCCUGACUGAAGAAGGCAAAAAGGAGAGCAGUCGUCAGCUCAUCAUCGCCAAAAUUGGUCAGCUGAAGACCCUGAACAGAUGUGAGAUUCUGCCAGAGGAAAGGAGGGGAGCUGAGCUGGAUUACCGAAAGAAUUUUGGAAACGAAUGGAAAAAGGCUGGUGGACAUCAGGAUCCAGAAAAAAACAGACCAAGCGAAGAAUUUCUUGCAGCCCAUCCGAGAUACGAGCUGCUCUGCCUCAAAUAUGGCGCACCUGAAGAUGGGGAACUCAAGACACAACAACCACUUCUGCUCAAAAACCAACUCCUAACACUGAAGAUAAAAUUUCCUAAUCAACUUGAUCAGAAAGACAUAGAAAAACAAUUGCCAGAAUUCAUGACAAUUCAAAAGGUGAAAGGAUUGCUGUCACGUCUUCUCAAAGUUCCUGUAUCAAAACUUUUGUUGUCCUAUGAGACUCCCAAAGUAAGUUGCCCAGCAAAACAUGAAGUCAUGCUUAGUUCUCCACAGUAUGAUGUCACGAAUUUCUCUCUAUAUAACACUGAUUCUAAAAGGAGACCAUACAUCUCUGUUGUUUGUGUGUGAUAAUAUACGAGUUCCCCUGCUACCUGAAAGUAGGACAUUUUGGUAUGAGUUGAUUCUUUUUUUGGGGGGUCUGGGAAUGCUCAGGGUGUUUUUUCCUUAUAAAUUAAUAGUAAAAAUGCUCCCAGAUCCCCCAAAUAACCUACCAAGUCAUACUAAAUAGGAAUGUCCUAAAUAGGAACAUCCUAUUUUUUCAUAGUAGUAGAAACCUCUAAUUCUGAGAGCCUUUGUUAGAUUUAUUUUAAUCACCUGUUCCCCCUUUGUUCUGAUUUUAGAUGCCGGGCAAAGAGAUUGAACUAGAAAAUAACCAAAACUCAUUAAAUUAUUACUCUGUGGAAAAUGGAGAUUGCCUUUUAGUGCGAUGGUAAUAGCCAACUAAGACAAUUCAAAAACUAAAUUUAUCAUGAUUGGGAUUCAGUGAAAAUACAUGAUUGAUUAGGAUAAUAAUCUGGUCAAAAUACUGAGGAUUUACAUCUUGCCUUAUGUAAAGAAAAGGCCAUAUAUUUUGUUGGGAAUAAACCAUUUCUAGGUAUGUAUAUAAAUAGCAAUAAUAAAGGAUUUCAAACUACUAAUGAUUUCCUGAUUUUAUUUUCUAUUAACUGUAUGAUUUAUGACUGCAUUUCAUUGUGUGCAGGUUUAAAUAUUAACUAUAACCUCUCUAGUCUAUUAAAUCUGAAUGCAGUGAAGGUCUGGCAUAGGACCAGUUUUAAUGGAAUUUUCUAUUGAUAAUACUAGUUUAAAGGUUACUAAGUGUGAUUUGGUUGGUCAUUUGGGGGAAAUGUUCCUUAAACUCAGAGAGGCACAUCCUCUAGUGUAUAUAAGAUAAAUUAUGAUCUCUCUGCUCAGUUACUAUUUUUGAGUACUUAUAAAAAUUAAUUACAUGCUUUUCCCUAUAGUUAUACCUAAACCGAGCAUAUAUUCUUCUAUAGACGAUUACCAGCUCUGAUUGAAAUUUCAGUGUCAACUACAUGGAAUAUCUUUCCCUAUGGCACUAAAACCCUGAGAGUAUGUGAUUUUACUUAUAUUCAGCACUUCAAAAUAUAUUUUAUUUUUGUAGCAUUAAGACUGAAUGAACCCAGGGCUUCUCAUAUACUGAGCCACAACCCCUCAGACUUUUAAAAAAGAGGCCACUAAACUGUGACCAACAGGAUUUCUGUUAAAUAGCAAAGGAAAGUUUAGGUAUUGGUAGAUUUAAAACUUUAAAACCAAGAUCUACAACUGAGAGCUAUCAAAUUUGACGUUAUCUCCAGAAAUCCCAUACUUUGGUAUAUAUCCCUAUAUAUGCCACAUAUCAUUUCUAUGAGUCCAUUUUGGCCCUUAAUAAUGUUAUACAAACAAUUCUAUAAUUCUGGUUGUUUCAAAUCUAAAGAUUUCCAACUAGGACAAAUUUUAAUAAAAAUAAUAGGUAAUGAUUUACCUAGGAACAAUGCAUCAGUAUUGAGAAAUAAUUUCUUUUAUAAUGAAUUUGGUAUUUAAAAAGUAUUCUCCAAUAUAUAAAUAAAUUUUCUUAUGCUACUGUAUCAUUCAGGUGAAAGAGCCAGUCUAGAACUACCAUCACAUAUGUUCUGCUGUCAAUCCCUGGGUUUUCUUCAGAUUUAUAUCCAGACUAUUAUUUGCCUACCCUGAUCUUUAAACACUACAAAUUAA